CCUCCCUCCUUCCAGUGUUUGACUUCAUAGAUGGUGCAGCAGACAUCCAGCCUUUCCCAGCAGAGCAGAUCCUGAGAAGCCCACAAGAUUAUCUGGAACCAUGCCGUCCGAGAUCAUGGACUGUUGCGGCCUCCUAACGCAGGAAAAACAGCCAAUUCCUCUGCAGGGGAUCGCAGUUGAUGUCCAUGUGAAUGGCUUUGUGGCUGAUGUGUCUGCAACGCUCAAGUACAAAAACAAGGAGGAGAAGGCGGUGGAGGCUAUAUUUGUCUUCCCCAUGGAUGAAGACUCUGCGGUCUACAGCUUUGAGGCCACAGUGGAGGGGAAGACCAUAGUAGCUGAUCUCCAGGAGAAGGAACAGGCACACAAAACCUACGAUGAGGCCAUCAGCCAAGGCCAGCAGGCUUUUCUUCUGGAAGAAGACGAAAGUUCUGGUGACAUCUUCAGCUGCAGUGUUGGGAAUCUACUACCUGGUCAGGAAGCUGAAGUGACCCUGAGCUUUGUUCAAGAGCUGCAGGUUGAAGCCGAUGGUGCUGUGCGUUUUGUUUUACCUGCAGUCCUCAAUCCCCGAUACACCCCAAAAGGACAAAAGGACAAUGUGACCAUGACUCUACCGGAGCUGCCAAUAAGUGAGAUCCCAUACACUCUGAGCCUGACUGCUAGAUUUCAGUCUGCAUACGGUAUAAUGAAGAUUGAGUCUAACUGUGACCUCACACCUCUGAGGUACACCAACGACGACAAAACUCAGGCCGAGGUGACGCUGGCAGAGGGACAUAAGUUUGAUAGAGACGUCCAACUUCUUGCCUACUUCUCGGAGGUGAACAAGCCAAGCGUUACAUUGGAGGAGGGACAUUCUGAAACUGAAACAGGUUCCUUCAUGGAUGAUGCUGUUAUUAUGCUGAAUUUCUACCCCAGUUUCCCAGAGACCCAAGAACAGUCCUUGUGUGGAGAGUUUAUCUUUGUGGUCGACCGGUCUGGAAGCAUGGAGUCUCCAAUGAACUCUGAGCCAAACUCUCCACAACGUAUUCAGAGUGCAAAGGAGACCCUGGUUCUUCUAAUGAAGAGUUUGCCUCUCGGAUGUUACUUCAAUAUCUAUGGUUUUGGGUCCCAGUUUGAGUCCUUUUUCCCGGAAAGCGUGGAGUACACCCAACAAUCAAUGCAUGAUGCUGUUGAAAAGGUCAAUCAAAUGCAAGCAGACUUAGGAGGGACCGAGAUCCUUGAACCAUUAAAAAAAAUCUACGAAACAGCAGGAAGACCAGACCACCCCCGGCAGGUUUUUAUCUUCACUGAUGGAGAGGUUGGGAACACUAAAGAAGUGAUUGCUGAAGUCCAGAGAAAUUCACACAGUCAUAGGUGUUUCACUUUCGGCAUUGGAGAAGGCGCCUCUACUGCGCUCAUUAAAGGGGUUUCACGGGUUGGAAACGGCACAUAUGACUUCAUAACUGGGAAAGACCGGAUGCAGCCCAAGGUUCUUAAAGCAUUGAAGUGUGCCCUACAGCCCACCGUGAAGGAUGUCUCCAUAAACUGGGCCCUUCCUCCUGACGUGGAAGUAAAUUUAAUUUCUCACAUCCCCAUUGCGAUUUAUAGAGGUCAGAGGUCUAUCAUUUAUGCAGUGCUGAAAGGGAAGCUGAAUAAGGAGACAGAAGGUGAAGUAACUCUUCAAUACAAGUUUAAAGAUGAGAUCUUUUCAAACCAAUUAAAGUUCCCAUUAAAGGCCAACCCCAAAGAAAGACCCACCAUCCACCGAUUGGCAGCUAAGUCUCUUAUCUCCCAGCUGGAGACUGAGUUGGACUCCGAUGAGGUCAAGAAGAGAAUCCUGGAGACCAGUCUACAGUCUGGAGUCAUCUCUUCUCUUACAGCCUUUGUAGCUGUCAAUAAGGACUCCAAGGCCCUGGUGGAGGGUCCUCCUGUGCGCAGAUUCAACCCUCCUAUUGCAAUGGCUUGUUCUAUGCCUUGUCCAAAAAGUUUGGUAUGCUACUUCUCAGCCCCUGUGGCAUUACCUGACAUGUUGGGUGGAGUGAUGGAUGCUGCAUAUGACGAGGCACUGCCACAGGAUGCUACAGAUCCAUCCAUACUGCUUGAUGCUCCUCCAUUUAUAGAGCGUGAUGAACCAGCACCUGUAACAGAUGAUGGCUCUCCUAAGACAGAGGAUACCCCCGCUCUGUUCAGGCUGAUUUCUCUGCAGAAUGCAGACGGAUCCUGGAAACCUAGCGCUGAGCUGGCAUCAAUUCUGGGAACAUCAGAAGACUUCAAAGAAGGCUGCCCUGAUGCGCAGGAAAUGGAUCCGUCAGUGUGGGCAACAAUCCUGGCCUUGAUCUGGCUUCACAGCAACUGUUUGGAACAGAGGGAUGAAUGGGAGCUACUCGAGCUGAAGGCCAUUGCCUUAGUGAAGGCAAAAGCUGGUUCUUCUCUGGAUCAGUCUAUCAAAGCAGGAGUUGCAUUACUGAAAUCUUCUGUGGAUCCCAAAGUGUUUGGUUUCUGACCAAUGUGAGAGGAGUAAACUUGGAAGAAUGUCGGCAUGUGCCUGGAGUAAUGGCCUUGUUACAUGGCUAGUAGUUGCUUCUUAUGUUGUCCUUUGAGAAUUUUCGAUGUGAGAAAUAAAUAAAAAUUUGCCUUUAUUCAAAAAGUUCCAAUAAAAAAAAACU